GGUGGGGAAAAGCUCGUCUGUGAGGUGAAGGGAAGUUAAUAAGGCAAAAUAUCCGAAGGACUUUCCAGUGCUGUGACUGUUGAUAGCUGUCGUCUGGUCGGCGCUCCCGAAACACUACGCGGGGUCUGGCAGGAGCUGUCUGUGACCGUAACGCAGUUGACCCAUUACAUCACAUCAUCUAAAGAUGGCACACGAGCACCACCACCAUGAAAGUGAACCACAUGUCUCGCUUCAGACCACAACCGAAGGUCACCAUCAUGACAAUAAUGGUAACGAAUGUGAUUUAAGUGGACAUUCAAUGAUGAUGAUGUUUUUUCAUGGUGGGUACUGUGAAAUUGUUUUAUUCAAUACUUGGAAAGUGACCUCUGUUGGAAGUCUUAUUGGUUCCAUGAUUGGCAUUUUUAUUAUGGCGGCAUUGUAUGAGGGAUUGAAAUAUUACAGGGAAUAUCUGUUUUGGAGAACUUACAAUGCACUACAGUACAGAUCUGUUUCCAUGCCUCCAGAGAAAGGAGUAGUGUCAGAAGAUAAUCGAAUUGUACAGCCUACAAUGUUCAGCUUAAUGCAUGGAUUUCAGACGUUCUUACAUGUGGUUCAGAUUGUACUUAGUUAUUUUCUGAUGUUAAUUUUUAUGACAUACAACAUAUGGCUGUGCUUAGCUGUAGUGGUUGGUGCAGCUACUGGUUACUUCUUGUUUGGCUGGAAGAAAUCGGUAAUUGUGGAUGUUACUGAACAUUGCCAUUGAUAUUGCCUUCAACUAGAAGCAUUUUAGUAUGAACUCAGUUGACAUUCUGUGUUAUCUACUGUAUGCAGACCAAGCCAGGUGAUACGUGGAUAUUCUGCCGUUCAUUGUGAUGGUCUGCAAGUUUUGCACAAAGCAAACUAGUGUUGGUUGUUACAGUUAUCAUCAAUAUGACUGAGAAUUCUCUUGCUUGUGUGAUCAACUAUAUUUUAUUUUGACAAAUGGUAAAAGUUUGACAUGAAAAAGUUAUGGCUUUGCUCUGUUUAUUUAGUUUGACAAUAAGAAAGUAUGUCUGUCUGUUAGUAUUUUGUCAAAAAUUUGCUAUACUUUUAUUCUUUAACAUGCCGCAGAGCAAAAGGAUUUUUAAAAACAGCCUUUUCGAUUACGUUGGUAGUGGCUUAUACUUUUCUGAUUAAAGAAAAUGGGCUCUCAAAGCAAUGAAUUCCCUCUCUGAUUAAGCCUGGCCACAUUUUCAGUAUUUUCAGUUUCCGUUAUUUGUUUCUCAUAUAGUUCAUGCAUUGUGAAAAGGAGCAUGUUCCGAUGACAACUUAAAUGUUUUUGAAACAGGACUUCCAGAAACCUAUUUUAAUCAGCUUUAUUGAAUAGGCUCAAUGGAACGAUUGUGAUUUCAUUAUCACAAAACCAUUUUUAUCAAUGCAUUUGUACAAUGUAUGUUUGAAUUUUGUAUGAUUGUAAAGAUAAGAAUUAAAAUUGAAAGUGUCAAAGUGUUCUAAAAGUUCUCUUUAAAACUCUUUGCAGUAUUUGAAAACACAGGAUCUAAUACAAAUUUUAUAAUGCUUGGUAAAACAAGAUCAUUUUAUAAUGAAACGUAAUGUCAUGCAUGCCUGGUGCAAAAUACUGUGUGUAUACUCUUAAAUAUACUACUUCUUUGAUUGUAAAGAAUUCUUGCUGAAUGCUGUUACUUUGCAUUCCAUUCCUAUACAUCAGCAAGGGUUUCUUUUUAUCUUGUAUAUGAAGUAUCUGAUCCACUCCUUGAGUGAAGUACUCUGCUGUUUGUUUUGUUUGUUUUUUUUUGUUAGACAAUAAAAUAGUUUGGCAAUGGUACUUUGGUAAUUGUAAAUUCCAAAGACAUUUGUUAUUGUGAUAUCCCUAAUCCAUUGAUUCUUACAUUAAAAAAAACACCUAUU